AUGUUGUCGCGACUUCCAGCCAUUUCAACCUCCACUCUCCCACCCAGAGCACCACCCAAACCUGCCAAUCGAACCAAUUCGUUCAAUCCAGGCGCUCUGCUAUCCACAAAAAUGGAAUUUCGCGCCCUGGCCCGCGGCCUCCGUGCCCGACCAACCCCAUGGCUCCUUAACACGCCUCGCAUCCAGCACCCCAACUUCCUCACCACACUCCGCUACAACUCCUCAAGCUCCUCUCCACAAGCGCCAACAAUCCCCCCAAGUACACAAGCCAUCACCAAGGAAUCCUCCCCAUCCGCACAACCUACACCCACACCUGAGGCCCAGAUCGAGACUACCAAAACCGCUGCCUCGGACUUCGACGAUAUCCUCAACAAGCUUGAGCUGGGUCCCCGUCCCGCUGAUGGAACACAGCGUACCUCAAUCCGCAACAACCGCAUCGCCGACACAAUCUCCGGCACGAUGUUCCCGUCGCCAUCCCGCGACGGUGUUGCCGGGCAAUUGGCGAGCCGGAAGACGGAGCUGAAGCUCGGACCUACGCUUGGUCGACAGAUUCAUGUUGAGCCUGAACGGGGUGUGGAUCUUCCGGCUGCUAUUCGGAUGCUGGAGAUGACCUGCUCUGCGAAUAAGAUUAAGCAGCAGUCUAUUGAGCAGAAGUUCCAUGUGCGGAAGGGUAUGAAGCGCAAGGAGUUGCGACGGACGAGGUGGCGGAAGCUGUUCAAGUUUUCAUUUAAUGAGACUGUUAAGAAGAUUCAGCGGAUGCAGGCUCAGGGAUGGUAG